AUGGAUAAGCUACCGGAAGAGAUCCUGAUUGAGAUACUCGACUAUCUCGAACCCCAGGAGCUCGUCUCCAUCCAGCUCACAUGUUCCACCUUGUCCAAAUUGGCACGUGCCAACCCGCUGUGGAGGCAGAAAUGCUUCGAAAAGUCCCCCAGUGCCUCCAUGAGGGCUACCAACAGUAUCUUGAAUACCCUCACCAGUGCUUUGCAAGGUCUGACUCUAUCAGAGCGCCCUCGUCAGUCACGCGGACCUCCUUCAAACGGUCAUGUCCCGGAAAGGUUAGGAGAAAGCGCCCGCGCUAGGGCCGUUAAUCAGUGGGAUCUCUCAAGCCAAGGGGAAAGGGUGGACUGGUACUCGGAGUACAAGGCGAGAUACGCUCCUUUGAGUGUCGAAUGGCUCGUCAACGACACCACGAGACACCUCGAGAUCAGAGGGAUUGCUUCUCUCGGCGCAACUGACAAAACCCUUGGCUAUUUGGAGGACGGAAGCAUCUGUAUCUGGGAUCUCAGUCGAGGUGCCUCGGGAAGGAGGAAAUUUCGAGAGUUGGGACGCAGCAAAGCAUCCAUACUAUUUGCUGACGCCAAUCAGCCCGGUGAGACUCUUGUGGUGGAUUGUGCGAGCACCUUCCCGUCACAGCAAAAGGCCUUCGUCGCCGUCGGUAAUGUGUUGAACGAGAUCGACCUCAACACUCUGUCUGUGGUGUCGCACGCAAAAUAUCCUUUCCAGAUAACUGCUCUCUCGCAGUCAGCCUAUCCUGACUUGCCAUUAACGGUCGGCACUCAGUGGAGCCUCCACAUCGUCGACCCACGCAUCCCCGUCAUUCCGACUUCUCCGUCUUCCCAUGAACACGUUGACGAAGUGUCGUGCACACCAGGGAGCUCGACGGCAAUCCUGCCCGAUAUGUCUGGAGAUUCGUCAAUGCUACCUGCCAUAUUCGGCACGUCGCCCUCACCGUCGUCCAAAGCCGGCCCCUCGACACGUUCUUCCGGAUCACCCAGUUGGCGCCCUUCCCAUCGCCUGCAGAAUCCUCAAUGGAUGGGUUAUGCCCGAGUCGAGCCUGGACCGCUUUCGAUCCUGCACCACGCCGAGAACGAAAUCCUCAUCUGUGGAAGAUUUCCCAGCAUCCUAUCCUACGACCGUCGAUAUUUCCCCCGUCUCCAAUAUGUCAUCCAUUCCAGCGCCAGCCUCUCAUCUCUGACAUCGAUACCCUACCCACCGGCUGGGGCAUCGGCCAACGUAGCGGGCGACGCCACUCUCGUCGCGUGCGGCGAGUACAGGGGCCGUGGAUCUCUGGAGCUUUACUCCCUUCCACACAUCAAGCCCGGACAACGGCAAUCCAACCCUGACAUCUCCACCAGUUCCAGCCCGUCCGAGGACGACGAGCUGGAUAUUACCAGGAACCGCAACCUGACCUCUGAAGACGGGUUGUAUAGCUACAAAAACCGCCAAGACGCGGCGAAAUCGAAGCUUUUGUCUGUUGCGUCGCACGGCACCAAGAUCGUCUUCUCCGACUCUGAGGGCGGACUGAAAUGGGUCGAGCGGGACGGCCACAGCCUCGUGCGCCGGUGGAACAUCAACGCCUUCUCGAUGGGCAGUCCUAACAACAACGCCGCCAUCGCGACCUCAGCGUCCGUGAGUGGCGACGCGGUCGCACGGAAAAUCAUCCCGCUCAACACCCUGGAUUCCUCGGAGCGCGGCCAUCGCGGCGACGCAGAUUUGUUGGUCUGGACCGGCGAGAAGAUCGGCGUCGUCACCUCGGACCCGCAGUUUCUGGACCACGAGGAAAUGGUCCGCGAGAUCGAGGCCGCCGACACUGAAGAGAAGCAGGCCAAGGAGGAACAGGUGAAAAAGGAGGAAGAGUACUCCAAGACCAUGCGCCGCGCUCUCGAGAGGCAGGCCGACGAGAGAAGAUGGAUGAGCCAGUUUAGACUUAAGAGGAGAGAUUAUUUCUGA